AUGAUGAACACUGUUUCAUUAACAAAUAAUUCUAUCCUUUCGGUUCUCGCUUACUGUGGAUCUUCAAUUUUAAUGACUGUGAUGAAUAAAUAUGUUUUGUCAGGUUCAAGUUUUAAUCUUAAUAUAUUUUUACUCUUUGUUCAGUCUACUAUUUGCAUUGUUGCCAUCCAAACCUGCAAAUCGACCGGGUUUAUUACUUACCAGGAAUUGAAUGCUGAAAAGGCAAAAAAAUGGUUUCCUGUUACGUUGCUUCUUAUUUGCAUGAUAUACACAGGUUCUAAAGCUCUGCAAUUUCUAUCCAUUCCUGUAUACACCAUAUUUAAGAACUUGAGCAUUAUUGCAACAGCUUAUGGCGAGGUUCGGUGGUUCGGUGGUUCAGUUAGCGGCUUAACCCUAAUCUCCUUUGGACUUAUGGUUCUAAGCUCCAUAGUAGCAGCAUGGGCCGACAUUACGCACACACUAGAUAGCAGUGACGACACUUUUGCCAAAGUCCCUGUUUUAAAUUCUGGUUACACUUGGGUGCUGAUAAACUGCAUCUGUACUUCUUUAUACGUUUUGGCUAAGCGAAAACGAAUCAAGUUGACCAAUUUUAGGGAUAUUGAUACUAUGUUUUAUGACAAUCUCUUGUCCAUUCCGGUUCUUCUCAGUCUCACAAUGGUCAUCGACGACUGGUCUAGUGAGAAUAUUAAUAAGAACUUUCCAUUGGCUGAACGCCAUGCUAUCAUUAUUGUUAUGGUCCUGUCUGGGCUUUCCUCGAUAUUGAUUUCGUACACUUCUGCCUGGUGUAUUCGAGCGACCUCGUCAACCACAUAUUCCAUGGUCGGUGCACUCAACAAGCUGCCCAUCGCCGUGUCUGGGUUAGUCUUCUUUGACGUGCCGGUCACAUAUCCCAGUAUUUCUGCUAUUGCUCUUGGUUUCAUUAGCGGCAUUCUUUACGCAGUCGCUAAGACUCAACAAAAUUCUCAGUCAGGAACCGGGGUUUUGCCAACAUCAAACCGUCAUAUCAGGGACAGCGGCGAGAAAACGAAAAACUCAAUACAGGUGUAA